AUGAUGAAAGUCGCUUUCGCUUUUCGUCCAUUUCCGGCCAACUAUAAACCAACAUGUGAUGCUACUUUGCCCGCGUCACCCUCCUGGCAUUUUCCAUUGCAAACCUCAUCAUCCAUUCCAUAUAUCACUACUUAUCAACGACAUGUAUCAACCAUUCAUGUCAAUGGAAUUCCGUAUACAGUGAUGCGAUUACUCGGCGAGGGACUUCAUAGUCGUGUCUACGCCGCUUAUGAUUCUCGAACCAAUCAGCCUGUGGCAAUCAAAGUUGUUCAAAAUAUUGAUCCAGUUGAUCGACAUGAGAACUCGAAAAUGUUCUUCAAAGAAAUUCGUUACUUGACAAAAUUACAACCACGAAAUCCAUAUGUUAUUCGAGUUUAUAAUCAUGAAUAUGACACGAAAACUCAAACGGGCAAAAUAGUUAUGGAAAGUGGACAUGAUUUUCGCUUUAUGUUACCCUUACAAGUCUCACCGAAACAGAAGAAAAUGUCGAUAAGUCAAGCGAAAUUUUAUUGGGCGCAAAUGGUCGAUGCAGUGGCUAUUUUACAUCGUAAUGGAAUUGUUCAUUCAGAUAUUAAACCAGAAAAUUUUAUUAUGACCACUGGUGAUCAACUUCGUAUCAUUGAUUUAGGUCUUUCAUUUCGUAUUUCACCAACCCAAACAUCUGUUUUGAGACCAUUUGCAGGUACACCCGAAUAUAUGCCGCCUGAAGUAUGUCAGAUCCAAAAUGGUCGAUUUUCUCGUCAAGGCAGAGCAUCAGAUAUUUGGGCAUUAGGUGUACUUCUUUUCGAAAUGGUUUUUGGCUAUCGACCAUUUGAACAUAUUCAAGAUAAUUUUGAAAAAAUGUCUUACAUUGCUCGAUUAACACAAAAUCCAGUCAUACCAUCAACAAAUAAUCCUCAUUUACGUGAUGUUCUUCACCAAUGCCUGCAAAUCAAUCCAAUGGAUCGUCCUAGUGCUCAGCAAUUAUUACAACAUCCUUUUCUUUGUCUUUGA